AUGAGUGCUGCAAUCGCCAUGGCUCCGUCUCCUGCGCCUCACGAGCGGCCUUCUGUCAUCGCACCGUCUGCUCCUGCCUCUGUCGCCCCGACAGCCAACGGUGCCACAUCUCCUCUUUCGCAUAGGUCGACAUCAGCUUCAAAACCUUCUUCCACACAGGCACCCGCUCAGAAGUCAGGAAGCAACAGUCCCAGAGCUGCGCCUGCUUCGGGCAAAGGCUCCCCCUCCAGCGCUUCCAAAGCAGAUGCAAGCACACCCAAAGUAAUCAUCAAGAAGGAGCCUGGCUCUCCAACGCUCAGCAACACGCGGCCUAGACCGCGUAAACUCGAUCUCUCCAAGAACACCCUCAACAGCAACUCUCCCGCCUCGGCUCUUCCUUUGACCGCUAGAGAUGGUCUCGGAAUCCAGGAGGUCGGUCUGGCUUGUCUGUCUCCCGGCUUCGUCACCCAGGACCCUGUCAUGAAGGAGCAACUUCAGCGCAGUCUAAGCGUCCGCGAACAACAGCGCCACAUUAUCGAAGCUCGUCUACAGCAGCAGUCGGCAAAGGGCGACGGCACCCACCCUGAUCGCGACGGCGCGCCUCAGUUUUCCGCCAAGACGCCUGGAUUGUCGUCCCAUCGCAGACGGGCACCCCCUGGUCUCUCCAUUGUUGCGCCUUCUCACGAGCAAUUUGCCCACGAGCGUGUAAUCCAGUCUGCGCCUCUCGGCCAUAGCUUUACCGGUCGACACCACCACCAAGCGCCUCUUUCACGCCACGUUCCGACUCAGCCAGGCCAUGGCAGCCAAUCGCACAUUCACCACGUUCCUGCCACACAAACCAGCAACCGUCUGCCACCCAUCCACGAUGUCUUCCCGGGAAGCCAGCAUGGCGACAGCCACCCCUCCUCCUACGGCUCUGCUUCCCGUGCCCCCCUGGCCUCGCCAGGGCACCCGCAGUCUGCAUACCAGGCUCCUCUCUCUGCGCGCCCGAGAGAAUACAAGUCUGCGGAAGACGCUCAACAAGAACUCGCCGGCGGUCGCCCCGAGCUCUUGCCCAAGAUUGUGCACUAUGGCGGACACCAGCCCCCCACGCCGCCAUCGCCGAUUGGUGGUCGCAUCCACAGCAGCAGCAGCAACCGAAGGAGAAACCGUGCAGAAUACGAGGACGGAGCAAGCCCGCCGCUCGGCCAUGGCCCCGCCUCUAGCAGACGAGGCCCUUUUGGCGCAGGCCGCGACAGCCCCGAAUCACAGCGCGCAAAGAGGGAAGAGUUUUUGCGAAUUUGCGAACGAGCUUGGGACCUUUUUCACUCGUAA